AUCUCCUCGCCACACGACUGCAGCGAACUUGUCCGUACUUCCUUCGCCGAGACAUUUCCUGAGUCUUGAGCACAUUUCCACUCCGGUCAUGUCGGUCAAGGGUGCACUCAACACGCUGGGUGCCUUUGGCAGCGCCUUGACCAUCAUCGGCUUUGGCCAGUCCAACAUCCCGACCUACGAGCCAGCGGGCACCUCCGUCAGGAUCAAGGCUGGCAGAUCCACGGUCGACGCAGAAGAAAACGACCUCGGAGGCCAGAUUGGUGCCGUGUACGGUUACAACGGCGAUAACGAAUUCAUCGGCCAAUCCACGAAUGCUCUCGUUCGGGAGGCAGACGAGAUAGACUUCAUCAUUGACCAGGAUUCUCCGGCCGAACAGGCAGUCUACGUCAGCGUGUCCGCCCGCAACGAUGCCAUAUGCGCUUCGUGGAUUGCGGUCGAGUAUCGGGACGCUUCGUCCGGCGGCGGCGGUGCUUGGACGGGCGACGUCGGUCGACACUGUGGUCAGCGCUGGGCAUGGGGUCGCGAGGUGGCUGGGAAGAAUCCAGACGGAACCGAUUGGGAGCCUGCCUGCACUUGGCUCGACGCCAACUUCACCAAUAACACUCUGAGCACGUCGAUGAAAUUCAAGGCUUCGGAUUAUGGUGAUCUUGCCAACCAGACUCUUGCCGAAGGCCGCGAAUGCGACGCAACCAUCUUCGCUCGCGAGGGUGGUCCCAUCGCUGGGAAGCCACAGAAGAGAGACCUCCCUCCACGACCCCAAAGCAUCGCCGACGAGCUCGU